AUGUCCUCCUACGAGCUGUGUCCCCCCAGCCCCUGCGGCCCGACCCCGCUGGCCAACAGCUGCAGCGAGCCCUGCGUGAGGCAGUGUCAGGACUCCACGUACGUCAUCCAGCCCCCGGCCGUGGUGGUGACCCUGCCCGGGCCCAUCCUGAGCUCCUUCCCCCAGAGCACGGCCGUGGGCUCCUCGGCCUCGGCCGCCCUGGGCAGCUCCCUCAGCUCCGAGGGGGUUCCCGUCUCCUCCGGGGGCUCCCUGGGAUGGGGGGCCUGGGGGUCCAACCGGCCCUCCCGGCGCCCCAACACCUCCAGGAGCGGCUUUGGGGAGCCCUGCUAA